AUGGUCAAAGAAACAAAACUAUAUGAUCUUUUAGGAGUAUCCACGACUGCGGAUGAAAACGAUUUGAAGAAGGGCUACAAGAAGGCUGCUCUUAAGUAUCACCCAGACAAACCAACAGGUGAUACUGAAAAGUUCAAGGAAAUUUCAGAAGCAUUCGAUAUUCUCUCGAACCCAGAUAAACGAAAACUCUACGAUGCAUAUGGCUUAGAAGCCGCCAGACGUGGUGGUGUAAUGCCAGAGCCACCGUCUGGAGAAGAUGGUGCUGCCAAUGGCUAUGGUGCUGGCGGCUUCCCAGGAUUUGGAGGCGCUGGCGGCCCAGGUGGAGCUGGGGGCCCAUUUAUGUUUAGUUCAAGAUCAGGAGGUGGUCAACCUUCAUUCACAUUCUCUACCAAUGGCGGUGGUGGCGGCUACACACCGUUUAGCUCCAAUGAUGCAUUUAAUAUAUUCCAAAAUUUCUCCAGCUCUGGUGGAUUUGAAGGAGAAGACGAUAUAUUUAGUAUGCUAGGCGGUGGCGGUGGUGGAAGAGGACGAAAUCCAUUUGGUGGAAUGAACUCAGCUAGGUCCACUGUGUCUCCAGAUAGAAAGCAUGAACCAUUGAGCAUAGACCUUGCAGUGAGCUUAGAAGACCUAGCCAAGGGUGUAUCCAAGAAAAUGAAAGUCAAGCGAAGAAAUGUUGGCAAAAUGGAAGAAAAGAUUCUCACUGUGGAUAUCAAACCUGGCUGGAAAGCAGGAACAAAAGUUACCUUCCCCAAAUCGGGCGAGGUUUUUGCAGAUGGAUCUUCCCAAGAUGUGAUUUUUGUUAUUAAAGAAAAGCCUAGUUCAACAUUCACUAGAAUCGACAAUGACUUAGAAAUCACGCUAGAACUCAGCUUGAAAGAGGCUCUAACAGGAUUUUCCAAGAUUGUGGAAACAAUUGAUGGUAAAAGAAUUAAAGUCGAAAACAAAAGACCGAUUUCACCGGGUCAUGUUAUUAGAUAUCCAGGCAGGGGUAUGCCCAUAUCAAAGGCUCCGGGUGGCCAUGGUGAUCUACUGAUUAAGAUCAAAGUGUCAUUCCCUUCAGAGCUUAAUGAAGCACAACGUAAAGCCAUUGAAGAAAACUUCUAG